GCCGCUGGGGCCAAGACGCGGUGGCCACUGGAGAAAGGGGUUCGUAGAGAGAAAAGUUGGACGAGGCAGUUAGGGUUGGUGGCUGGCGCAGUCAAGGUUGAGGAUGAGGGGUUAGUCCGCACGACGCAUUUAGGGCCACCAGUGGUUCGUCGGGGGGGUUUAAGAUUUGAGUGA